AUGGAUCUUGAUUCUCUAUCUGAGGUGCAGCGUCUCACUGAGUUUGAGUUGGGUGCAUUCCCAUUCAGGGAUCUUGGUGUGCCUCUGCUUUCUUCUAGAUUAAAUGUUAUUCACUAUGACCCACUACAAUCUCAGAUUAUGGGCCUUGCGAAAAGUUGGAAUAGAAAGACUCUAUCUUAUGCAGGGAAGCUGGAGCUUAUCAGAGCUGUCAUUCAGGGAAUUGCUAAUUUCUGGAUGGGAAUUUUUCCCCUCCCUGUUUCUAUUGUUAAUCGAAUCAAUGUUAUUUGCCAGAAUUUCUUAUGGGGAAAGCCGAAUAACAGUAUGUCAAAGCCUUUGGUGUCUUGGGGGGAUAUCUGUUCUCCUAAGCAAGAAAGGGGCCUUGGUCUCUUCAGCCUUAAAGAGUGGAAUCUCACCUUGCUUGCUAGGAUCUUAUGGGACAUUCAUGCCAAAAAGGAUUCUUUAUGGAUUAAAUGGGUCCACAGCCAGUAUCUUCAGGGAGGUAAUAUCUGGGACCAUGCUCAUUCUCCUUUGGAUUCUCCUUUAUUCAAGAAAAUCAUUUGGAUUAGAGAUACUAUUUUGGAUCGUGAGCACCACAAGGAUGGGGCGGUGCAAGUCUUAGGUUCCUGGACUUAUAAUAAUAUUCUUGUUGCCAGCAAAGCCUACAUGUAUUUCAGACAUCCUAAUCCGAUUGUUUAUUGGCAUAAGGUUGUUUGGAACACAGCUUUACCCCCCAAAGAUGCUUUCAUAUUCUGGUUGGCCAUGAAGGGCAAACUCUUUACAUUGGAUAGAGCCCUUUUCUUGGAUAUGGACUCCAUUUGCCCCCUAUGCCGCACGGUUGAUGUAUCUCAUGCGCACUUGUUCUUUCUUUGCCCUACAUCCAUCCGUGUUUGGAAGACUCAGUCUACCGGGCAGGGGGGCAACUGUUAUGGACCAGGGAAAGGCCCACGACAGAAAGAAGCCCAACCUACACAAGUCCAAAGGUAA